UGCGUCACCGGACCUAAACGCAGAAGUUGUUUUUUUACUGUGUGCGAUGGGUGGCUGCUACGCUCCAAACUGCUCCAAUUCAAGCAGCAUGGGCAAACAGCUGUUCAGGUUUCCCAAAGACCCGGUGCGGAAGAAGAAAUGGGUGGUGAACUGUCGGCGUGAUUUUGAACCAACUCCUCACUCUAGACUGUGUCAAGAUCAUUUUGAGCAGAGCCAGUUUGAGGAAAUAGCCAGAUCUCCAGCUGGUGGGAAGAAGCUGAAGCCCAAUGCUAUUCCCACUCUGUUCUGUGUGGGAGACCCUCCUUACCCCGCAGUCACUUCUCCAUACAUCCUGCUGCCACUGAAACCUGAACCAGUGGAAAAGGAGCUAAACUUUGGGGAUCAUGGCUAUGCCAGACGCACCCCUUUGCCUGGGAUGGAGGAGGAGGAUGCAGAAGGGACCGCUGAGGACCAGCACCGCUGCACACAAUGUCAGUUYCUCAAGAAAAAACUGGAGCAGGAGAUGCAGCAUACUGCGAGGUUGCAAAGAGAGGGAGAAGAGAUGAAGAAGCGCCUGUAUCGACUCGAUCGGAUCGAGAAGGGCCUCCAGAACUUUCUGUUUGAAGACCAGAUCAGGGCUCUGUCCCUCACCAAGCGCUCCCGUCGAGCUGUCUGGUCGCCUGAAACGAUCCUGAAAGCCCGGAAGAUCCGCUGCGCUGUUGGGACCAAAGGCUACGAGUACCUGAGAGAGAUCGGUUACCCUUUGCCCUCCUAUAGGACUCUGUGUAACCGACUAGAGACAAAGAUCAUGGUGACGACUGACUUGACCUGUGAGGAACUAGCAGAGCUGGGUCUGGGGCUCAUGGCCACCUGCGACAGUCCCACAGGAGCUGUUGGAGACAACGACGAGGAAGAACUGAUAGGUGUGUUGUCCUGAUCCCAGCUGUGUGCACRAGUUGCUGGUAAACAAUCACGACACCAAGUUGAGACUUUCUUCUGUUCGCAGCAGUAAACAGUUCUGCUCUUUGUAAUUUAUACAAGAUUUAGGCAUCACUAUCACAUAUAUAAGGYGUUUCCUAAUCUAAAAUAUCACCUGAUUAUGGUUGCAGUUUACACCAAUAGAUCACUUUGCUGAGGUGAUGUGUGUGACACUCUGAUCCUACAGUCCAGGAGGUUGUGUACCUGCAACAUGUUCCCUCUCUGUGGGCAGAAUGCACAGUCUAUUUAGAGUUUGCUGCUUGUUUUAAGAUUAAAUGACUCAAAGCUAAAUGUUUUACUGGUUCUAUUUUAAAGUAAAAGGCACUUUUUAAGACAUUAAACACAGUUUUACAGAGCACGUUUUAAACUAUCAGCACUAAUGUGUCACACUCUAAACUGCUUCAUGUCUGCACGGUCAUAAUUUGGUUGAAUGUUGUGUGUAAAGCUAAGUUGGUACAAUACUCGCACAGCGUUUUAGCAGAUUUCAGGUUUCAGUGUAAAAUCAUAUUUUAAAAUGCUUUUAAGAAGUGUAUUUGGUGUCGUUUGUACUACUGAAAGUGUUUGUGUUUCAUCCAUUAACGGUUAUGCAUAAUAAAUAAAAAAUAUAUUCAUAAAUUGUAUAAUUUUA